UUCUCGAAGGUGCAGCAAAAGUGAGCAUCUAUUGUUGCUGGUGCUUCAAUCUGUUGAUCUGUUUAUUGACAAUUGAGAGGAGAUUAAAGAAAAGGAUUACUGCAGCAACAGCCGUGUGCUCCAGAAAAGUCGUUCAGUCGCUGUUGGUUGAUAUAUGUCGCGUCUGGAGGAUAUAGGACGAACUGUCGGUCGACUUCUUCCCCCGCUCGCCUUCGUCGCGCUCUACAGUUUCUUGGGCUACCUUGCUCUUCCGAUUACUGCUCUGGCUUUCAUAGUAGUUGGCCGGUUUCAGAAAUCCGCUGUGCUCAAAUCAUAUCGCAAACCGCAACCGUCACCCUCCUCCUCCCCCUCCCUCUCGAUCCGCUCGACAUCAACAAUGACAGAACCCGCAUACACCGGCCCCCCGCAACUCACAAGGCUGCCGCCCGAGAUCUUCAUCCAAGUCGCAGAAUACCUCUCGAUCCGCGACAUCUUCGCCCUCGAGCUCACCUGCCGCCACCUGCACGCCGUCGUCGCAGACCAAGACCUCUGGCGCGCAAAAAUCCUCGCCGACUUCAAAUCCCGCGGCCUCGUCUACGCAGACGAACUCCGCGCCCGGAACGCCGCUGCGUCUCCUCCCGCGGUCGUCUACCCGUUCCGCGCAAUAUACGCCGCGAUGGCGAUCCAAUGGCGCUUCUUCUGCGCUGCGCCUGGUUGGGGUCUGAUCUGGCGCGAGCCCCGAUACUGGCAAGUCAUGCCCUCGCCCGAGUCCGCGUUCGGAUCAACACUAAACCUCAAGUCCGUAUUCUGGCUGCACCUCUUCCGCAGCAUGCGCGUCGCGCCCGGGCGCUACCGCGCCGUCUGGGGCAUGCGUCUCCAACGCUCGCUCGGUCUCGCGACCGUCGACUUCUCAAUCAAAGUCGACGACGACGAGCGCGCGCCCGACGACAAAGGCCGCCCGGAGCGCGUGCUGGCGCAGCAGGUCCAGCUCGGGGACGAGAUUGUCAAAGCGCUCACGCUCGACGGCGGGUGGUGCGAGGUCGAGCUUCCGGUGUUUGAGAUCCCGAGUUCGCGCGUUCCCGAGCUGCGGGCGGGGUGGCGCACGAUCUUGGUCGAGGUUAAGGAGACGGGAGGACAUAUUAAGGCGGGUUUGUGGCUUGAUUAUUUUAGGCUGGAGAGGUUGGAUGAUAAUAAUUUCGUCGACGGGCGCGAGGGCGGAAGCGAGCAGAGGAUUUACAUCACGCCGUACGCGGAGCGGAGCGCGUCGUCAGUCUACAGGCUUUCAGAGAACUCGGCCGUGUCUGUCGACAGCGACGAGCAGAUCCGGGCGGCGUUCAACAGAUCCACUGAUGCUGAUGCUGCAGCCGAGCAGCGGUGGACGAUCGCCGACGUCGUGAGGGAUUUGAAGGAGGUUAUAAAUACCUUUCCUGAGAGCUCGGGGUUGGUUUAUUGAUUAUACUGCUC